GUGCUCUGUUGAAGAGCAGAUGAAUUGCUUGAACAAGAGUUGUAUAUUUUUUGUUGGUGUUUUUCCUAUUCAAUCCAUCUCUCAAUGAUAUGGAGUCGAUUACAACCAGAAUACGAUCGCUCAUGCAUUCAGUGACAGUGCGGCCGACCGCUGGUGGUGUCGGGUCGGGAAGCGCUGAUACGGAUCCCACUGUAAAUCAUCGCAAGUCAACGCCACAGCACAGGCGAGCGGCACAACCCUAUAGGACUAGUAGUGUAGAGUCGCAACACAGCCAACAACAAUGUGUUGACUAUACAAUCGAUGCAAACAAUCGCAGUAUUACUGCAAACAAAUUAGUAGAUAAACUGUUAGACUAUAUACGCGAGAAUUACGUCCAACCAAUUGAUCCGUACGUUUUCGAUAAGACCCUCGACUUUAGUCCACGAAAAUACGGUAUG